GGAGGGGGCGGGGCGGCGUUCGAACGUGGUGGCGGCGCCCACGGCAGCUCCCGGAGGAAGGCGGCAGCUCGGUCCCGCUCCCGCUCCCGCUCCCGCUCCCGCGCCCGCGCCCGCCCGGUGCACUGAGACUUACGUUUCCACGAUCAUAACUGUGACUGAAGCAGGAGCCUUCAGCUAGCAAGUACAGCAGGAGACAACAGCAGCUGCGUAAACUUGUCUCGCAGUGGAAGGUUGUUUUUGAUAAAGAAGGCAAAAAUUUGGGAAUACCAGAUCUUGAUCUGAGACACAAACAAAAAAAUUGCACUCAUAGAGCAUUCUACCUCUCAAAUUAGCAGUGGAAUUGCAGUACAAGGCUUCUUUAUGGAUUUGCACAAGCCUAAACAGCUGUAGAAAUCAAUCCUGUUCUCUUUCAAGCCUCCAAGUAAAAGUCUGCUCAGCUCUGGUUUUCUUGUUUCAGAAAUAAGGCUGACCAAGAACUGGAACAAGAUGGCAUCUGUGCUUCAAAAUGUCAAAGCAACAGUGGCCUGGCGGAAACACCAGCUCCUAGCUGACCUCAAUGAGAAUGAGAGCCCUGUGCCUGACAAAUUCAAGAGAAGGGCCUCUCUGAGUUCUCUCAAUACCAUUCGCAUGUCUCUAAGGAAACGGGUACCAUUAAAGCGACUAGAGCUGAAUUUUCAUAAAACCCCAACUAGGGAAAGUCUGGAACCAAGACAGAGAUGCCAAACUCUCCAGACUAUUAAAAGAACAGCAAAAUAUGCUUUUGGAACAGUGUCCCAGAAAAUACAGAAGUCUUGCCAAAGCCCAGUACGCUCAAUGGUGACCUUUCCAGCUGAAUCCAUCAGCAGAGGCUGUGCGACCAGUUCUACCAAAAAAGGAAGUACUACACCUUGCUGUAAGAGUGUUACUCCAGCAGCCAGUUCCAAAGGCACUCCAAGGUCCAGCAAAAGGGCCUUGCUUGGGCCAACAAGGGUGUCAGAACAUAGAGAAUGGAGGGAUUUCUCAUCCUGGCUUGGUAAAAAUGCUGUCUCUCUCCGGAGAUCAAGAAGAGCAGCAGCACUGAAGAGCCCUUAUUCAUCACCUGCUCCUUCCAGCAGGAAGAUAGAGUUUGACUGCGAGUUGGAACUGGUCUCCUCAGGGAUUUGCCAGUUGAAGCGUAUCUCCCAAGCACUCGAUGACGCCAUUGUGAAAGAGGAGAGGCAACAAGCAAUAUCAAACUACUGUCUAAUGGCACAAAACUCACACUCUAUACAUCGAUCCCUGAAAUCAUCUCAAGCUAUCAGAAGGCAAGCAAAGAAACUCCAUCAAGCACUUGGUACCUAGACAGAGAUGGCUGUAGCUAUUUUUUCAUGUUUCCAAGUUUAUGAGCACAUAUAAAGGAGAGGUCUGUAUAGCACCUGAAAGGAUGCACUCUAUACUCUUAAAUGAGCCAUUACACUUUAUAUAUUUUUUUUUCAUGAAGCAGCUCAGCACUUCCCUUGCUUUCUCUUUUCAAGUAAAGAAUCAAAAUGGUACCAACUACAGUGUGUUAUCUCCCGCUGAGAUGAGGGAGAUGGUUCAUCUUGAAAGUGACUUUCAUGAGGCAGUAAGUACUUAGAAACUGAUGCUGAACUGGCCAGUAAGAAUGGCCAAAGCAAGGGCCACAGACUUAUGAAGGGUAAUCCUAGGUAAUAUUAGUAUUAGUGUUUUAACUGGUAUCCAGUGGCCAUGAGUUUUAGCAUAAGUACUUUUCAUGUGAAAAAGAUUGGUCUAUUAUUUUGAAAGCCUAACUUUUUUUUCUUUUUUUUUUUUUUUUUUUUUUUUUGUUAUUA